UUAUCCACUUCCGGGUUUUAACCGGACGGAGAUGAGCGUAACGUAUAUGAGAGUGUUAAAGUUGGCACACCAGGUUGUAAACACAUUUGACUUGUGUGUCACUGUUGGAAUCUAAUGGGGUUCAGUCAGUGAGGAACACAGAAGAACGAUUUGCAGAGAAAUCAACGGGAGAGGAAUCUGUGUGAAGAAGAGUGAAGGAGGAAGAAGAGUGUGGAAAAACAAAUCGGAUAUAAAACACUGGAUGGAGUAUGUACACAUCCAUCCAUCCAUUUCUACCGCUUGUCCCUUUUGUUGUGAGAUAUAUGAAGUAACGCAACCGUGACCCACUGUAGAACUAUUUAAGUAGUCGGAAACGUGAAGAGGAAUGCUGUCAAGGAUCUCCCCCUCAGGUCUCAAUGCUAAUCUCUGCAUACUGUGUGUAUGCCCUUGUGUGGGCCAUUUCAAAGUACAUUUGACUUGUAAACAAUUGAUUUGGUAGUCUGUAGCCAUAUUUUAAUUAAUUGUGAAAUUAAUUUUCGAUUUUAGUAUUAGCACAUUAACUUGAGUUAAUUUUUCUGCUUUACCAAAAAUAUUUUUUUCAGAAUACGAGGUUUUGUACACAUGUCUGAUUGUACACGCUACAGACACUUCUUUGUAGUGUUAUAGUCUCACUAUAAUUUAGAAUGGCAGUUUACAGUGCUUAAAGUCUUCCUUUUUGUGUGCACUCCAUAAACUUGAUGGCGGAUUCUUGAGUCAAAAUGAGGCAGGACUAAACAUUAGUUCGGAUUCGAAUGUCAUGGACGUCAACGCUGAUCCGGCCGUUGAGGCUGGCAUGGACACCUGUAGAUAUGCUCUCCGGGAAAAAGCAGGGGAUGGGGAGGACUUUUUGUUCAGUGGAAAAAGCGACAAAGACGUUUUUAAUUCCAGCUCUUCCGACUCCUCACCCUGCUCCUCUUCACCCACUCUUCACUCCAACGCCUGUUUUCUCUCAAAUUUUACGGAGGACGACAGGGAAAUGCUUUUCGGAUGCUCCAAAUCUUUCACUGGACUCAAACUCUUCACGAGAAGGAAAGCAAUCGCAAAAUCUGGCUUACACCAUCUGCCAUGUGAUCCCACUACAUCGUCUUUAGAUCCUGAAGUGAAUAUUCGCAGCACUGUUGACUGGACCGAGUCUGCUCAGUAUGGAGAUCAUAUCUGGUUUGAGACAAAUGUGUCGGGAGACUACUGUUAUGCGGGAGAACAACACUGUAUUGCGAGAUCACUGCAAAAGUCAGUCAGCCGGAGAAAGUGUGCUGCCUGCAGGAUAGUCGUCCACACAAUCUGUAUUGAACAACUGGAGAAGAUCAAUUUCAGAUGCAAGCCAUCCUUCAGGGAAUCUAGUUUCAAAAACAUUCGAGAGCCCAACGUGGUACGUCAUCACUGGGUGCAUCGAAGAAGAGAAGAAGGAAAAUGUAAACAAUGUGGCAAGGCCUUCCAGCAGAAGUUUGCUUUCCACAGUAAAGAGAUUGUUGCCAUUAGCUGUUCCUGGUGCAAACAAGCGUAUCACAACAAGGUCUCCUGUUUCAUGUUGCACCAAAUUGAGGAGGUUUGUCCAAUAGGAGUUCAUGCUGCCCUCAUAGUUCCACCUUCAUGGAUUGUUCGAGUUCGACGUUGCCAGACGUCCAUGAAGACAAGUAAGAAGAAGAAAAGAACAUCCUUCAAGAGAAAAAUCAAUAAAAAAGCCACUGAGGAUGGACGACAGUGGAAGCCCUUCACUAUCCGGGCUAUCGAUUCUCCUUUGAUGAAACCACUGAUAGUGUUUGUAAACCCCAAAAGCGGAGGAAAUCAGGGCACCAAAAUCUUUCAGUCCUUCAUGUGGUAUCUGAACCCAAGACAGGUGUUUGAUCUGAGCCAGGCAGGGCCAAAAGAUGGUCUAGAGCUGUAUCGUAAAGUUCAUAAUUUGAGAAUUCUGGCCUGUGGAGGAGAUGGAACUGUGGGAUGGGUCCUAUCAUGCCUUGAUGAACUUGCUUUGAAUCCUCAACCUCCUGUCGCAGUGUUACCACUUGGGACAGGAAAUGACCUCGCUAGAACUCUCAACUGGGGAGGGGGCUAUACAGAUGAACCUCUGUCCAAGAUCCUGUCUCAUGUUGAGGAUGGAAUUGUAGUGCAACUUGACCGGUGGAAUCUACAAAUUGAACCCAAUUACAGUGCAGGGGCUGAAGUCGAUGAGCAACAAACUGAUAAGCUUCCCCUGGACGUUUUUAACAAUUACUUCAGCCUCGGAUUUGAUGCUCUUGUGACCCUAGAGUUUCAUGAGUCAAGAGAAGCCAAUCCAGAGAAGUUUACCAGCCGUUUCAGGAAUAAGAUGUUCUAUGCUGGGACAGCUUUCUCAGAUUUCCUGAUGCGAAGCUCCAAAGACCUGUCUAAGCACAUCAAAGUGGUGUGUGAUGGGACUGAUUUAACAUCAAAGGUUCUGGAUUUGAAGCUUCAAUGUCUGGUUUUCCUCAACAUCCCCAGGUACUGUGCAGGCACUACCCCUUGGGGAAAUCCAAGUGAUCACCAUGACUUUGAGCCACAACGGCAUGAUGAUGGAUACAUUGAGGUCAUUGGGUUCACAUUGACAUCAUUGGCUACUCUCCAGGUUGGAGGUCAUGGCGAGCGUCUGAUUCAGUGUCGAGAAGUCAUUCUCACUACGACAAAGCCUCUUCCCGUACAGGUGGAUGGGGAACCAUGUAGACUUGCCCCCUCUAUUAUCAACAUCAGUAUCAGAAACCAGGCCAACAUGGUACAGAAGACCAAAUGGCAGACAUCCCUGCAACAUCUCAAUAACCAGCAGCCCGCUCCAGAGAGGCUGCGGCUUCGAGUCAGCAGAAUCAGCAUGAGUGACUAUGAGGCUCUGCACUACGACAACGACAAAUUGCGGCAAGCAUCUAUUCCUCUGGGGCUGAUUGUGGUUCCAGGAGACAGCAACUUAGAGAUGUGCAGAGAACAUAUACAAAGUUUACAAAAGGAGGACGCUGCCAAGAUGAAGAAUCUUUCCUCGCAGCAAAUGUUCCCAAAGUGGUGUUUCCUUGAUUCAACAACAGCUGAUCGAUUUUACAGAAUAGACAGAGCACAGGAACAUCUCAACUAUGUAUCAGAAAUCUCACAUGAGGAACUUUUUAUCUUGGACACUGAACUGAUUAUGAGAACGUCUCCAACUGCCGUACCUGAUUUGGUUCAUCCUUUAUCCAACUUGGCGAACUACGGCAUUGACAGUGAUGGCUUUGCAGCUGAAGCCUCGGCAUUCAAUUCAACACCUGAGGCCCGGAAACUCAGAAGGAAAGGCUGCAUCCUGCGCUCUGUCAACACCAAUGAUGAGCUAAAGCUAAAAGUGAGACAUGAAACGGGCCAAAAGGCAAGCGAUGCAGGAGGUGAAGAAGAAGAAGAAACAGAGCUGUUAAUUAAGUGUGUAAAGAACAAAGAUUUGAAGAAGCUGCAGGAGCUGCAUGAGAAGGGGUGUGACCUCACUUGUGUUGACCAAUGUGGUUGUAGCCUGCUGCACCAUGCCGUUAAUGUGGGAAGCAAGGAGAUGGUCCGCUUCAUUCUUGACAAUGCUUCAAGUGACCUAGUUGAUGUGACAGAAAAGAUACACGGUGAAACAGUUCUCCACCAAGCUGCUUCAUUGUGUCACAGAACAAUCUGCCAUUAUCUGGUGGAGGCAGGAGCCUCGCUGAUGAAAACUGAUAUGCAGGGCGACACCCCAAAGAACCGGGCUGAAAAAGCGAAUGAUGCAGACCUGGCAGCCUACCUCGGGAACCGACAACACUAUCAAAUGAUCCAGAGGGAAGACCAGGAAACAGCUGUCUGAACAUCUUCAGAGCCAACGUGCAAGAAGAUGCCAAUUGAGAUUUGACCAAAAGUUCUGAUGACAACUUUAAAAUGUCAGGAAAGUAACUCAGGACAUUUUAUUUUCACAGAUUCAGUAAAUAUUACGUUAUUGUGUUUGUGUGUGUAUGCAUGCUAUGUUAUGUUCUUUUAUGACACAUGACUUUAACAUUAGAUUGACAGUCUUAAAAACUUCAUAAAUGUCUGAAAACAGAUUUACGGUAUUACCAAUAUGUUGCGUAGUUCAAUGUUUUUGCCAUGUACGACAUUCUCAUUCAUAUUUUAUUACAUGUUUAUGCCUGUACCAAAUGUUUCCCUCCAUGUGAAUGAUAAAGCAGAGUUCAAACUUAUACCUGUGCAUGUGUUGCUAUUAUAUUUUAUCAGUGCUGAUGGCUUCUAUUGUCUUUUUGACUAAAGUUUAUGGAGUAAACAAACAACAAUAUUUUCUGUACAUUCCCAUGCAGGGAUGCAAUUUGGUGCACUUUUACUGGUGAACAGCCGCACAGCCUGAAGUUUGUUUUUACCAAGGCCACGCACAAACUCAUUGAUUGGGUCUGUGGCGCUGCCUUUUUUGCUAAUACAAAACCCAAAACCAGUGAAAUUGGCACGUUGUGUAAAUCGUAAAUAAAAACAGAAAACAAUGAUUUGCAAAUCCUUUCCAACCUAUAUACAAAGACAAGAUACUUAACGUUCAAACUUGUAAACUUUAUUUUUUUGCAAAUAUUAGCUCAUUUGGAAUUUAAUGCCUGCAAACAUGUUCAAAAAAAAAGCUUGCACAAGUGGCAAAAAAGAUUGAGAAAAUUGAGGUGUGCUCAUCAAACACUUAUUUGGAAAAUCCCACAGGUUAACAGGCUAAUUCGGAACAGGUGGGUGCCAUGAUUGGCUAUAAAAGCAGCUUCCAUGAAAACCUCAGUCAUUCACAAACAAGAAUUGGGUGAGGGUCACCACUUUGUGAACAAAUGCGUGAGCAAAUUGUCAAAACAGUUUAAGAACAACAUUUCUUACUGCAUGUAAGCGGCAGGGCCAAAAACCAACAUUGAAUGCCCGUGACCUUCGAUCCCUCAAGUGGUACUGCACCAAAAAGCGACAUCAGUGUGUAAAGGAUAUCGCCACAUGGGCUCAGGAACACGUCAGAAAACCACUGUCAGUACUACAGUUUGCCACUACAUCUGACAUCUUUGCAAGUUAAACUCUACUAAGCAAAGUGAAAGCCUUUUAUCAACAACACCCAGAAACGCAGCCGGCUUCGCUGGGGCUCAUCUAAGAUGGACUGAUGCAAAGUGGCAAAGUGUUCUGUGGUCUGACGAGUCCACAUUUCAAAUAGUUUUUGGAAACUGGCUGUCGUGUCCUCCGGACCAAAGAGGAAAAUAACCAUCCGGAUUGUUAUAGGAGCAAGUUCAAAAGCCAGCAUCUGUGAUGGUAUUGGGGUAUAUUAGUGCCCAAGGCAUGGGUAACUUACACAUCUGUGAAGGCACUAUUAAUGCUGAAAGGUACAUACAGGUUUUGGAGCAACAUAAUGUUGCCAUCCAAGCAACGUAUUUUUCAUAGACGUCCCUGCUUAUUUCAGCAAGACAAUGACAAGCCACAUUCUGCACGUGUUACAACAGCGUGGCUUAGUAGUAAAAGAGUGCGGGUGCUAGACUGGCCUGCCUGUAGUCCAGACCUGUCUCCCAUUGAAAAUGUGUGGCACUUUACAAAAAGUAAAAUACCACAAUGGAGACCCAGGACUGUUGAACAACGUAAGCUGUACGUCAAGCAAGAAUGGGAAAUAAUUCUACCUGAAAAGCUUAAAAAAUGUGUCUCCUCAGUUCCCAAACGUUUACUGAGUGUUGUUAAAAGGAAAGGCCAUGUAACACAGUGGUGAACAUGCCCUUUCCCAACUACCUUGGCACGUGUUGCAGCCAUGAAAUUUUAAGUUAAUUAUUAUUUGCAAAAAAAAUAAAAAAAUGUAUGAGUUUGAACAUCAAAUAUCUUGUCUUUGCAUUCAAUUGAAUAUGGGUUGAAAAGGAUUUGCAAAUCAUUGUAUUCCGUUUAUAUUUACAUUUAACACAAUUUCCCCAUCGUGUUACGUAACACGGUGGUAAAAAUGCCCCUGUGCCAACUGUUUUGCAAUGUGUUGCUGUCAUUAAAUUCUAAGUUAAUGAUUAUUUGGGUUUUAUAUGAUGCCCCACCACCAUGAUUGACAGCAUACAGCAGCUGACUGUCAGAUGCGCUGACGGGCAGUUAGAUGUAAGCUAAGUGAGGAGUUGGCCUCCAAACAACAAUAUGAAUCACAAACAAGUAAAAUAAUAAAAACAAAAGAGCCUUGUCUAUGGAUGUUCUCUUUCAUCCUUGCAUUGUAUGUCAUCCAUGUUUGUUGCGCUUCAGGAUCCUCAAAAAAAAGAGGCGUUGCUGUGUUUUCUUGAUGAUGUGUGAGUUGUUCAGGCUCCAACUCAGGUCCUCUGAGAUGUGCACUCCCAGGAACUAAAGCUGGGGACACGUUUUACCUCUUCCUGGUUUAUGUGCAGACUGUUGGGCGUUUUUCGUUGGCGGUGUCCUCAAAGCGGGUAAAGAAUGAGUUGAGCUUGUGACUCUGUUUGUAGUCGAUGAUGUUACUGAUGUCUUUCCACAUGGAGCGGGGGUUGUGGUCUUUAAAGUAAGCCUCAAUAUGCUGCUUGUAUUUUAAUUUAGCAGUUUUGAUGCCCCUGUUUAAGUCUUAUUGGGCAGGACGCCCUGAAUCUGAAUGCCGCAUCCCUGGCUUCGAGCAGCAUUCUGACGUUAUUGUUGUUAUUGUUGUUAUUGUUAUUUUUAGUUAGGGAAUAUUUUUUUUACCUGUUUUUUUGUGGUUACAUAGUCAAUGCAGAAGAUCAUGUAAGAUAGUACUGAUGAGGUGUGGCACUCGAUGUCUUGUUCUUCAAAGAGCUCCCAUGUGGUGUCUUCAAAACGGUCCUGGAGUGCAGAAGGGGCCUCUCACUCCAGACCUGCACUGUCUGAUCUGACGAUGAGGCUGUGUCAGGGACAGGGAAAGGUGGUCUGAUUGUCCAAGUUGGGGGGAUGAGUGAGCCUGGUAUGCGCCACGGAUGUUUAUGUUAACCUGGUCAAGUGUAAUGUUGUUCCUUAUUGUGAUGGCCACGUUUUUGUGAAAUCAUGGAGGACACAUUUUGGGUUGGAGUGAUUAAAGUACCCUGCUACAAUAAAGAUGCCCUCAGGGUGGUUUUUUUGUUGUCUGGUGAUGUCAUCAUGUAAUUUACACAUGGCUAUUUUAGCAUUAGUGCGGGGGUAAACAUACUGUACACUGUUGUGAGGAAGACCAGUGAAUUCUCUUGGCAGGUAAAAGUAUUAAAAAUUCCACAUCUGGGCAGCAGUUUCUGUUUGUUACGGCGACGUUGGUACACCAGCUGUUGUUUAUGUAAGCGCACACACCUCCUCUUCUAGCCAAUUGCGGUCUGCCCGAUGAAUAAAGUAGCCUGUAAGCUCCAGUGCUGAGUCCGGGAUGUUUUUGUGCAGCCAGCUCUCGGUUAUAACGAUUAUACAGCUGCUUAAACGGCGAUUGAAAAUCUGUAGUUUAAUCUCAUCCACUUUGUUGACAAGAGAGCAUGCGUUUGUGAGGACAAGGCUCGAUAGUGCCGGUUUGUGUGGAACCACUCGCAGCCUGGUGCUGAUCGUCUGCCUCGCAUCGACUCCAGUGUUUCUUCCUUUUUAUAUUCAGCAGAGCGAGUAAUCUCUGUGGGGAAUGAGUCCAGUCCUGCAAAUGUACUCCUAGAAUAAGCUUGUCUAAGAUUGAAUAGUUCAGUACGUGUAUAACCCUUAAUUUUGUAAAAAUCUCUGCUUGCUGUUGGAGAGCUCUGAACUGCUGCGUCAUUGCGCACCACCAUCUUUUAUAAUAGGAAAGCCCUAUAUAAUAGGAAAGUCUCAAGUCUAAUAAAUCCUAAUUCAGCUAACCUAGCCACACCUGUAGGUCUCGCACCAGCCACACGUAAAUGAAACCAUUAACCUUCGUCCGUAGAGGAACACCCUGUUUUCUCCAUUUUAUGCUAAAUGUAGGUGUAGCCUUGGGGGACGGACAGGUCACCUAUGAUCUCUCAGUCGAAAAAAACGCAUCAUCUAAGAUGGUAAUAAGAGUGGGAGUCAUUUCUGAACACUUUCAAUGGUCCUUCAUACACAAGCCAAUUAGGAACACCGAACCCCAUUAACAUUUUAUAAUCAAAUUAUUACAACAAAACAGUAAUACCACAUCUAAAUUUAAGACCAAAUGCAUACAUGUGAGAAUAUAUGACAAUAUACUGUAUGUGCAUAGAAAAGCAUGAAAAUAGAAAAAUAUCAAAGGAUAUAAAUUGUUUGCCGUCAGAGGUUCUGUCCUGGUUAGCGGAAAGGUAGUUUAUUUUCGAUCGUCCAUCUUGAGCCAUGUGCGCACACUCUGAAACCGUCCUGUCCAGAGACCAAAGUCCAAUUUUAUGUCUGUAUAUGAGUCUCAGACUCGAUUCGAAAAUACAGGGGUCCACCAAACAAUUCCAGUAGUUGUCCUGAGAAGAGUAACAUUUACCAGUACUUUGUAACUUUCUGUCACUCUUCAUGGUAGGUCACCCCAGAUCCCACCUCACUCCUACCCACUUCUCCAAAGUGGGCUGGCUCAGGGUGGAGGACAGAGUAAAACAACUUGCACUGAGCCUAGUCUAUAAAAUCCGCUACACCUCCCUGAUACCGAAGUACAUGUCAAACUACUUCCUUAAUGACCGCCAUAACCACAACACCAGGGGGAGCUCCACUAACCACGUUAAACCCAGAUUCCGAUCUAACAAAGGUCUUAACUCAUUCUCUUUCUAUGCCACAUCAAUGUGGAAUGCGCUCCCAACAGGUAUAAAAGAAAGGGCAUCUCUAUCCUCCUUCAAAACCGCAAUAAAAGUACACCUCCAGGCAACUUCAACCCUAAACUAACACCCUCCCCGGAUUGUUAAUAAUCAAAUGUAAACAAUCAAAUGUAGAUACUUUUCUUAUGCCUUCUGAUCUCUCUCUCUCUCUCUCUCUCUAUGUCUACUACUUGCUGUACAUAUCCUUAAGUCAGACCUACACUGUUUCAAUAUCCAUUUCUCUGUUCUCAAUUGUUGAUGACUGAUGAUAACAACCAAACCUACCCCCCCUCCACACCCCGAAUUGUAAAUAAUGUAAAUAAUUCAAUGUAUACACCCUGAUGAUUAUCUUGUGUGAUGACUGUAUUAUGAUGAUAGUAUAUAUCUGUAUCAUGAAUCAAUUUAAGUGGACCCCGACAGUUGAAAAACUUAUUCGGGUGUUACCAUUUUGUGGUCAAUUGUACGGAAUAUGUACUUCACUGUGCAACCUACUAAUAAAAGUCUCAAUCAAUCAAUCAAUCAACUAACCGAUCAGUCAGACGUAUCCAAAAUAUGGUUGUUGAAUCAGAAGCACUGUCUUAACUAUUCUUAGAUGUUUCUCCAUUAUUGUAAAUUGUCAACAUUUGAAUUUGCAUGUUAAAUGAUAUGUUGCUAUUUUAAUUUCAUUCCAAAUCUGGCAUUUAUGAUUUCACAUUAACCAGUCAUCCUUUAUAUCAAUUUCCACUUUUCUCCAAAGUUUGGACAUUUCUGACAUUGGACAUUCAAAAAUAUUCAAAUAAACUACAGUCAAAAGUGGUAAUUUGACAAAAUAAAUGCUCUAAAUAACAAUCAUUAAAAUGGAUACAAACUAAUUAAAUACGAUAAUCAAUUUAUUCAAUGUCUUUAUGUCAUUCCUGUCGAGUAACGGCUUCUGUGUUUGAUGUCUUGGCACGCUCGACCGUGCCUAAUAUCAUCAUGUUCGUCCAUGACUUGCCAGUUUCUCCUUUGCUUUGGUUCCCAACAUCUACCUGGAAUGUCUUUGUUUUUGACAUUCCCUUCAGGCUCCCGGGAGCUUUCAACAUUUUGGCCUCCAUAACGUAAUGUCUCUCCUGUUGGUGCCUUGACAUUGUGAUCUGUGAUAGCAUUCAGGAACCCUCUGACUUGGAUUGCUGUCCUGAUGUGAUCUUGCUGCAUUGGACCUUAACUAUGCUUGUCAACCCAUGUCCAUCUAUGAUCACCUUGUUUCCAGGUGUCACAGUGACCAACACAUGUGAGUAUGCUUUUUAUAUGUAUUGUAGUCAAAUAUUUAUUGUAUUCUUGUCUUACAGCGGGACAGUUUCUGACACGUUCGGUAGUCGGCACCUAAAAUGUCGGCAUUCAUUGGCCUGAGAUUAAUUAAUGUUGCAUUAUAAUAUGAUUGCUAAAUUUGCUCAAAUUAUAUAUAAACAAUUUAAAUGGGAUGUUGCUAUAAAAUUGUAAUAUCAAUCAAUCAAUCAAUCAAUGUUUAUUUAUAUAGCCCUAAUCACAAGUGUCUCAAAGGGCUGCACAAGCCACAACGACAUCCUUGGUACAGAGCCCACAUAAGGGCAAGGAAAAACUCACCCCAGUGGGACGUCGAUGUGAAUGACUAUGAGAAACCUUGGAGAGGACCGCAUAUGUGGGUAACCCCCCCCCCCCUCUAGGGGAGACCGAAUGCAAUAGAUGUCAAGUGGGUCUGACAUAAUAUUGUGAGAGUACAGUCCAUAGUGGAUCCAACAUAAUAGUAAGAGUCCAGUCCAUAGUGGGGUCAGCAGGAAACCAUCCCGAGCGGAGACGGGUCAGCAGCGCAGAGAUGUUCCCAACCGAUACACAGGCGAGCGGUCCACCCCGGUUCUUGACUCUAGACAGCCAGCACUUCAUCCAUGGCCACCGGACCUGUGCCCCCCCUCCACAAGGGAUAGGGGGGAGCAGAGGAGAAAAGAAAAGAAACGGCAGAUCAACUGGUCUAAAAAGGGGGGCUAUAUAAAGGCUAGAGUAUACAAAUUAGUUUUAAGAUGGGACUUAAAUGCUUCUACUGAGGUAGCAUCUCUAACUGUUACCGGGAGGGCAUUCCAUAGUACUGGGGCCCGAAUAGAAAACGCUCUAUAGCCCGCAGACUUUUUUUGGGCUCUGGGAAUCACUAAUAAGCCAGAGUCCUUUGAACGCAGAUUUCUUGCCGGGACAUAUGGUACAAUACAAUCGGCAAGAUAGGAUGGAGCUAGACUGUGUAGUAUUUUAUACGUAAGUAGUAAAACCUUAAAGUCGCAUCUCAAGUGCACAGGAAGCCAGUGCAGGUGAGCCAGUAUAGGCGUAAUAUGAUCAAACUUUCUUGUUCUUGUCAAAAGUCGAGCAGCCGCAUUUUGUACCAACUGUAAUCUUUUAAUGCUAGACAUAGGGAGACCCGAAAAUAAUACGUUACAGUAAUCGAGACGAGACGUAAUGAACGCAUGAAUAAUGAUCUCAGCGUCGCUCGUGGACAAAACGGAACGAAUUUUAGCAAAUUACGGAGAUGAAAGAAGGCCUCUUUUAAUGGAUGUGUACUAUUCUAUGUUUCACAUUGUUUAUUUAUCUUCACACAUCCCUGGUAUUUGUUAAUAGUUGUUUUCUAUCCAAAUAUAGAAUAACUCUCGUCGUUUUAGCUGGCAAUUUUUUCUUUGUUGUCUUAUACUAUUCUAUAGGAAAGUGUGCACGUGCUAAUACACUUAAGCACUGUCAUUUGACAACAGACUGGGCGUCUUUUUGCUCGGCAUCUAUUUCUGUCACAGUCCCUGCAGUGUCUUGUGUGUCUGUCUUGUCUGUCUGGGUGUGGUCAUGUGUGGGCGGAGUUUGGGUUCCUGGCUUCCCAGUCUGGCACACCUGGCGCUGAUUAGCUCACUCACCUGCCUGCCAUCAGCUAAUCACCUCCACUCCACAAAAGCCCUGGUCCCCUCACACGACGCUGCCAGAUCGUUUCACAGCUCUCCAAGUGGUAACGCCUCUCGCCAGUUCUAGUAGUAUUUUGAUGAUCUUGUUGAUCUUUUGUUUGUGCCUUUUGCUCCUGGUAUCUUGUUCCUCGACUCACCAUUGUUUUCCUCUGCCUCCAGUGCCUACCUGCUCUAAGCCCGCCUGCCUGCCAGACACCUCCACUCCAGCCGACGACGCCUUUCCCUCAUCCCUUGUUUGCCUAAAUUAAACCCUUUGGACUUUGAA